AUGCCUCAAAACGAACAUAUUGAACUACAUCGUAAGCGACACGGUUAUCGUUUUAAUCAUUUUGAAAAAUUAAAGAAAAAAGAAGGUCGUUUACCACAUAUUCUCUCCAAAAAAGCCCAGACUCUACGAGGCAUCAAGAUCAAAAGUCAUGAAGAGAAAGAAACAAAACAACGGCAAGAUGUACCAGAAGGUGCAUUGCCUACUUACUUACUCGAUCGUGAAACAGAAACACGUUCUAAAGUAUUAUCAAAUUCAAUUAAACAAAAACGAAAAGAGAAAGCGGGUAAAUGGGAUGUUCCAAUUCCGAAAGUCAAAGCUGUUAGUGAAGCUGAAGUAUUUCGUGUUGUACAGUCAGGAAAACGAAAAAAGAAAGCGUGGAAAAGAUUGGUAACAAAACCAUGUUUUGUUGGCGAAGCAUUUACAAGAAAACCGCCAAAAUAUGAACGUUUUAUUCGACCAAUGGCAUUACGUUUUACUAAAGCUCACGUCACACAUCCCGAGUUAAAAGCAACAUUUCAAUUGCCUAUCCUAGGCGUUAAAAAGAAUCCGAGUUCACCAUUAUACACGUCACUUGGAGUGAUUACGAAAGGAACAGUUUUAGAGGUGAAUGUCAGUGAAUUAGGUAUAUUAUUUUCACAAGAACAAUAUUUUGAUAGUCGUGGUCUAUUUAUUUCCACUAUUUUAUCCAUACCAGUUCUUUUAAAUUGUUGUUUACUUGUGAGUUUUUGGCUUUGGGAGACGGUUGGUCUGUUGAAAAUAUGCGCAAAACGAUUAAAAAUAUCUCGACAAAAACAGCAACAACAAUAUGUACAAGAUGCUGAAAAGAAAAAGGACUAA